CAUAAAAAGAUGUCUUCAGUGAGAUCGAUUUUGAAGAAGACUUAUUCUUGUUUCGAAAAAUCAACAUUAGGUUUCAUGGAAGGAAAUCAAAGGAUUCGGCGUUUCAAAUCUGAUGCCAAGGGUUGUCCCGGUUACCGAGAUACUAGUAGACACUUUGAAACCAAGGAGGAAGAGGAGAAAUUCAAUGAGGUGAAAUUUGGUAGAUAUCUGCUAACAAGGUUUGAGAUUCCUGAUUAUGGAAAGAUAUACCAGCAGCUUGCGCGUGAUUUAAUGGAUGAGGAAUAUUGGCAGAAAUAUGGUCCGCCACCUGAGUUGACUAAGACUCCGAGUGAAAUUGAAUAUCUAAAACAACUUGAUGAGGCGAUGGAAAGACAAAAGGAAGUCGAGUAUGAGAUUGAUGACAAAAGACUUGAGGAAGAGGUGGAAGAAAUAAUCAGGUCAGGGGAUCUCUCAGUGGAGAGGCUUCGUUGUCGAAAGAUUCAAUGAUUGCAGCUUUUGCUUGGAGAAACCCUAUUUACAAGUCUUGUGUUCUGCUUUAUGAAAGAUUUAAUCACAACGAUUGCAGCUUUUGCUUGGUGGAAGAUUUACACCUGAGCCACAUCAGUGGAAGAACUAAAAUGUAUCUUUUCUAACGUCAUUUUUUUUUUUGAGGAUUUGUUUUUAACUAAAAUAGUGACCACUAGCUGCUAGAACACUAUUGCCACGAAGGUAGGCCGGACAAAAAAAACGUAAUAUCGCCGAUUGUAUUACGUGUUAUAUAUUCUUUUUUUGUUGGAAUGUUAUUUUUGAGGCAUAUACAUCGUUUUAGUGGUUACAUAACUAAAUUAGUGGAUGCACGAACCAAAAUACGACUGUGUAAAUUGUUGUGCAUCCUUUGUGAUGGCUUCAUAAUUCAUUUAUGCAUUUUUUUC